AUGUUGGGUUCUAUCAUCUCCUUGCCCCUCUUGGCGGGCACUGCUCUUGCUUAUCCCGCUGCGUCGUCGCAAAAGUUUGACUAUGUCAUUAUCGGUGGUGGCACCAGUGGUUUGGUUGUUGCCAACCGUCUAUCGGAGCUGAAAAACGUCACUGUGGCUGUAAUUGAGGCCGGCGGCUCUGUCUACGACAACGCCAACGUUACAGAUCUGGCCGGUUAUGGCAAGGCAUUUGGCACUUCCAUCGACUACGCCUACGAGACUGUUGGCCAGAAGUAUGGUGGCAACAAGACUCAGACCCUUCGUGCCGGCAAGGCCCUCGGUGGUACCAGCACUAUCAACGGCAUGGCCUACACUCGUGCUCAGGACGUUCAGAUUGAUAUUUGGGAGCGCCUCGGCAAUGAAGGAUGGAACUGGGAGAACCUGCUGAAGUACUACAAGAAGUCCGAGACCCUUCAGCCACCCACUGCCAAUCAAAUCGCCGACGGCGUCACCUACGUUCCCGAGCAGCACGGCAGCACCGGUCCUUUGAAGGUCGGCUGGAAGCCCGGCAUGGUCGAUAUGUCCUUUGUUGAAGCCCUUAAUCAGACCUACAAUGCUGUUGGUGUCCCGGGACUGCAGGACAUUGCUGGUGGUGACAUGGUUGGUUGGAACAUUUACCCUGCCACCAUUGACACUGGUCUUCAGGUUCGCGAGGAUGCUGCUCGUGCCUACUACUUCCCUUACCAGAACCGCACAAACCUCCGCAUUUUCCUCAACACUGAGGCGCAGAGACUUGUCUGGGCCAACGGCACUGAAGCUACCGCAUCAGGAGUUCUUGUUAAGGACAAAACCGGGGCUACUCGCACCAUUUACGCAAACAAGGAAGUUAUCCUCUCUGCCGGUUCCCUCCGAUCCCCGCUUCUCCUUGAAAAAUCGGGAGUCGGAAACCCGGACAUCCUGAAGGCUGCUGGUGUUCAGACUAAGGUGAAGCUUCCUACCGUUGGUGAGAACCUUCAAGAUCAGAUGAACAACGGUCUGGCACAAACUAGUUCGAAGAACUUCACUGGUGUCACCACCUUUGUCUCUUACCCCAAUGUCGAUGAUGUUUUCGCCAACCAGACUGGCACACUCGCUGCGGACAUCAAGAGCAAGCUUUCCCAGUGGGCUUCGCAGGUCUCGGAAUAUACCAACGGCAUCGUCACUGAGGAGCAGCUUAACAAAUUCUUUGAAAUUCAAUACGACCUCAUCUUCACUGAUAAGGUGCCCCUCGCUGAGAUCCUCAUCACUCCAAGCGGUUCCUCCUUUUCCACAGAAUACUGGGCCCUCCUCCCCUUCGCUCGUGGCAACAUCCACAUCGCUAAUGCCAACUCUUCUUCCGCCAAGAUCAACCCCAACUACUUCAUGAUGGACUGGGAUAUGACCGAGCAGAUUGGCACAGCCAAGUUCAUCCGCCAGCUGUACAAGACAGCUCCUCUCAGCCAGUACUUUGCCAGCGAAACCAAGCCUGGCCUCACUGCCAUCCCCGAGGAUGCGUCUGACAACGUUUGGUCUAAGUGGGUUCUUGACAACUACCGAUCCAACUUCCACCCCGUUGGAACUACUGCUAUGAUGUCCAAGGAGCUCGGUGGUGUUGUUGAUGGCAACCUCAAGGUUUACGGAACUACAAACGUUCGUGUUGUAGAUGCUGGAAUCCUGCCUUUCCAAGUUUGCGGUCAUCUCGUUUCUACGCUUUACGCUAUUGCUGAGAAGGCCUCGGACCUCAUCAAGGCUUCUGCAUAG